AUGGAGAGCAGCGAGGAAAGCGACGCGUCGCUGAGCGACAUUGAAAGCACAAGUCCCCCAGCCAAAAAGGCCCGCAAACCUCCCGCCCUCCAAAAGCGUCGUUCUCGCUCCCUGGUGGUCCACGCCAACAAAGUAUGGUCAGAGAACGAGGAAGAACCCGACGCUGGGGUCGGCACCACCGAAGAAUUCGGUGCCCGUGUGAACCUCCGCCGCAAAACCGAGGAGUCCGUCACUGCCAAAAUGUCGGUGCCUGAAAUGGUCCAAGUGUACCACAACUGUGUGCAGUUGGCCAACGAGAGCAAAAUCAAUGCCAAGAACGCCUUUUGCCUCAAGCUGCUUGAAGUCAUGGACGUGGUGGUGAAGGAGCAAAAGGACGACGGAGCCGGGACCAAGUUUCAGACUGCGAGUCACGCCCUCUAUGCUGGCUCGAAGAUUUACGCCUGUCGAGUGGACGUGGUGCACAGUGACACGAUGGGGGUCGUGGGUGUGAUUGACAGACUGAAGAAGAAUCAGAGGCGGGAAGGGGAUGAGGAAGACGUGGGUGGGGAUGGCGACGGAGACGGUGGUUUGCCGGGAAAGAAGAAGCGUCGGCGGAAGCUGCAUCGGGCGUCAAAGAUCGAGCGGAACAAGGCUCGAAUAACCAUUGCAGAAAAGGAUCUUCUCAAACCCAUUACAUCGAGCCACCUCAAGUUCCACGAAGGCCAGCUGGGCAUCAGUGUGUUCAUGACGCACGGGUUCAUCGGUCCCGAGGGGAUGGUGGAGAUUGGAGACAAGGCCAACCACCACUUUCUCGAAGAGUACCAAGACAAGGACCUGGAGAAAAUCGCCGUCGCGUCGCAAGAGAUCGAGCACGAGGCGGAAACCAUGCGGGCUUGUUUACUGAAACUCGACGCUAUCGACAUCAACAGCAACGAACUCGUACUCGACCCGCUGGCCCUCAUGAAGUGGGACGAGACCGGGAUCAUGAAUGACAGUCUGGGCUCAAACCGGGACAAGUACGACAUGCACAAGGAAGUGUUGGAGCUGCCGUCGUUUCACGGGGACCCCGACGACUUUGACCUGGACGAGCCGUUUGAUGUGGACGGGGCAGCGGAUAUGAGUCUGGGAGGGGAUAAUUUCGCCAUGAACCCGGAAGUCUUUCACGACAUCCACUCGAUGAACUUGGAUCCGAUGACGACCUCGUAUUCCUUCUACGACAAGGAGCUGGUCAAGGCCUGGCACAAUAUUGACCGACGGCGAAGGAUCGGUCGAUUCAGACAUCGAGUGGGAGCCGGAGCUGUGGGAUUGAUGGUUCCCGACAAGAAAGUGAGGAACAAGAAGCAGAAGAAGGAAAUCGAUUUCAGCGACUUUGGGGAAGUUCCGCCGUCGCGGAACUGGUUGGAGAAUCUGCCCGAUGACAUUCGCGCCAAACUGAAGCCUUCCAAAGCGAGCACCAUAAUCUCUGACAAGAAGUUGAGCAGCUGGACCACGGAAGCCAACAACAUUGUAGAUAAUCACGGAUACAAUGCCCAGCUCUAUAUCUCGUACUUCGUGUUGAACGUUCAGUACUUGAAAACCGGCAAGGACAAGAACAAUGGAGUCAUGUCGAAGGAAGUUGAGAACGAAGCCCACGAUCUGGAUGCCGACCAUGGCGGCAACGACGCGUCUUUCGGCGGCGAUGGUGACGCAUUCUUUGGCGGAUCUACGCCUGACGACGCCGAUGAUGGUAUCGUUGAAGAGGUCGCCGCCGCCGGUCACGUUGGCAUGUACGAAGGCGACAACCUGAUUGAUGCGCCUCAGAAGGUGGAGUACGCGGUGAUCAAUUUUGAGAAGAAGGCGAAGCGAAUCAACAUGCGCCUUCUGAAGCAGUCUGUGUGGUACCUGCUCUGCAAACAACAGCUUCUAAAGGUCCACGAGGGUGAAACGGAGGAAACGUUGCACCGUCGUGUGGGGAAAAAUCCGGAGCUGUGCGAAUCUAUGGGAGAAUUCACUGUGUCCUUUGCGGAAAUUUACCGAGAUUUGCCAGCGUUGCUUCCAAAAGUUCAAGCUACGGAUUUGAGUGUUCACUUGGCAUUCAUCGCAUUUUUGCACAUCGUGAACGAUCACAGCUUGACCAUCAUCCGGGAUUCCAGCUAUGGUGACUUCAACGUCAAGCAGGUGAUCCGAUCGUAACAGAGUUCUUCAGUCAUUCGAGUGUCCCGUGCUGGUUUUUAGCUCUUUUUUAUUAUUCAUGGCUAUUUUUUUUUUUUUUAUUUGCGUGUAAAAUGAGGAUGAAGUGUGAGAGUUGCUGUGGGAAGUUCGUUGCUAUGUAAGAAUGUGCAUUAUUAUUCGAAUGAAGUUUUCAAAUUUUUUAUUCGGG